UCUAUGGUUAUGCCUCCUCCGAACAUCACGGGGCAUCUUCACUUAGGUCAUACUUUAAUGAUAGCGAUUGAGGAUUUGCUAACUAGAUAUAAACGAAUGAAAGGUUUCAACGUCUGUUGGGUUCCAGGUACUGAUCAUGCCGGAAUUGCUACUCAAUCAGUGGUCGAACGUAAUUUGGCGAAACAAGGAAUCAGUAAGCAUGAAUUGGGCCGUGCGCAAUUUAUCGAAAAAGUUUGGGAUUGGAAAAACCAAAAAGGCCAAGUCAUUUUAGACCAGCUGCGUAGGCUUGGCUCUUCCUGUGAUUGGUCUCGAAAAGCCUUCACUUUAUCUCCCGCUUUGUCAAAAGCAGUAGUAAAGGCUUUUAUUGAACUGUAUAACAAAAAAUUAAUAUAUCGCGAUAAGCGAUUAGUGUUUUGGUCGCCAUAUUUGAAUACUGCCUUGAGUGAUAUUGAAGUAGAUUCUCUGGAGCUUUCCGAACCAAAAAAAAUUUCUAUUCCAGGUUAUUCGAGACAAGUUGAAGUUGGUUAUUUGUGGACUUUUUACUACGCUGUAGAAAACUCGGAGGAAAAAAUUCCUAUUUCAACCACGCGUCCAGAAACAAUGUUAGGAGAUGUUGCAAUUGCUGUAAACCCUACUGACAAAAGAUAUAAGCAUUUGGUAGGACGUAGGUUGAUUCACCCUUUUAUUUCUAAUCGAAAAAUGAUUGUUGUAGCAGACAAUCAUUGUGAUGUGGAAUUCGGGACUGGAGCAGUUAAAAUCACACCGGCACAUGACAAAAACGAUUAUGAAAUAGCUUGCAGACACAAUUUAGAAAUUAUCAACAUUUUUACCACGGAUGGAAAAAUGAAUUCCAAUUGUGGAGAAUUCUGUGGAAUGCAUAGAUUCGAAGCUCGAUAUAUGGUUGAAAAACGCCUAACGGAACUCGGUCUUUUUAUAGAAAAAACAAAAAAUCCGAAAAAAAUGGUUGUUCCCAUUUGCAGUCGUUCCGGAGAUAUAAUUGAACCUCUUCUGAUUCCUCAAUGGUACGUUAACUGCAAGGACAUGGCGGAUCGGGCAAUACAAGCCGUAAAAUCUUCGGAACUGAAAAUUUAUCCAGCAUCUGGAGAGAAACAAUGGAAUCAUUGGCUUUCAAACAUUAAGGACUGGUGCAUCAGCAGACAGCUUUGGUGGGGUCAUCAAAUUCCUGCUUAUCGUUGCGAUUUUGAAAACGAGCAAUGGGUAGUUGCUGAGUCUUUCGAAGAAGCUUUAAAGCAAGCCAAAAAAAAAUACGGUGAAAACGUCGUUAUUGAACGCGAUAGCGAUGUUCUCGAUACGUGGUUUUCUUCAGGUUUGUUCCCUUUCAGCGUUUUUGGAUGGCCAAAUGAGACUGCAGAUCUAAAGAAAUUUUUCCCAACUGACAUUCUGGAAACUGGAAGUGACAUUCUAUUUUUCUGGGUUGCAAGAAUGGUUAUGCUUUCUUUAGAACUCACAGACAAGUUACCUUUCCACACAAUUUUGUUGCAUCCUAUUGUGCGUGAUGCUCAUGGCCGGAAAAUGUCGAAGUCUCUUGGAAAUAUAAUUGAUCCAGUGGACGUUAUAAACGGUAUUUCUCUCGAUAAACUUAUUGAUAAUAUCAAGUCAGGAAAUGUCAGAGAGUCUGAAAUGAAGCAAGCUAUUCAAGCUGUUAAGAAAGAGUACCCAAAAGGCAUCAUGCAGUGCGGUUCUGACGCGUUACGCUUCUGCCUCCUCAGUUAUUUACGAGCAGGGAAAGAUAUAAACUUAGACGUUAAUCGAAUUAAACAAGAUUUCAGUUUGUCAAACAACGAAAUCUUGAUUCCGCUUCAAAAACUUCGUCCGUUCGACAAGUGGAUUUUGAGUCAUCUGAUGAAAUUAAUAUCUACUGUGGAGCAGAGUUGA